AUGGAACAGUCCUCUCGAGCAGAAUUCAAAAGCAGAAAUUCUCAGCUGACCCUUGAAUCUGAGCAAGAAAUAAUUCAUUUAAAAAAAGAAAACUCAGAACUCAUAAACACACUGACUGAGCUCAGAUGCCGAAUCCAAUCAUUGCAAAAACAGAAUGAAAAUUUACAGAAAUCUAAUAUUGUAGUCCCCUUUUAGUUUUCCAGUAGAAAUUUUAAGCUAUUAAUUAGUAAUAAAUUUAAAGAGAACACAAUACAGGUUUUCAAGAACAAAUUAAUAAGCUUAUAUAUGAAGAGCAAGAAAGUUUUAAUGCAAAAAUCCAAAUUACUAUGGAACUUUCUGAAUGCAGAAAAGAGCUAGCGGAAAAGUGUAAAGAAAAUGAAGCGAUUAAACAAGGGAAUUUAGACGCAAAAGAAAUAAUUGAGAAGUUAAAAGAAAGAAAUGAGGAGGUAAGAAAAAGAAAUGCAGAGCUAGAAAGCUUGUAUUUGAAAACAAAACAACAGCUGGAAAUGAAAAAUGAAUUAUUUGAAAAACAGACAAAAGGCUUAAAAGAGGAUUACUAUUUUAAUGAUUUUAACUUGAAAAGAUCACUGAAUUUUCAAGAUAAUGAUAAAAGUGCUAAAAGAAUAAAAAAAUCUGAAUCUCAAAGAUUUAAUUUUGAUUCCCCAAUAUCAGAUAGGUCGUCUCCUGAUUUACAAAAUUUGCUAGACUCUUAUAAGUGUGAAAUAAUCCAAGCCAAGAAAACCAUCAAAAACAUGAAAAAUGAUGUCAAGCGUCUCCUUGGCUGGAAAAUCAAUUAUUUUGACAACAUAAUAAGCCUGACUCUCCUCUAUUCCCAGCAAACCAUCUCUUUAGAAAAAGAGCUCAAAAAUGGCGAAAACACUUACACCCUCUUAUAUACAGAGUACAUAAAUAACGUCCUCUCAGUCUCAGAAAUUUCAGACUAUUUAUACCGACAUACGACUUAUCCAGCCUUUUUUUCAGCUAUUGCCCUUCACUCAUAUAAAAUCGGUUUUGCUUUCCAUUAA